ACUAGUAAACAGUAUAAAUAAAUCAAACGACGCCCCUCCUUCGUUGUAAGAUUUCAAGAUCAACAUUUCUUCUCUCUUCAAACAAAGCACCAGGGUCGUUUUUGUCUGUCUUUGACUGCGUCGUUUCGAGCUAGGGUUCCGCCUCCGAUCUAACUGCUAAGGAAGUUCAACCCACCAUGUCCACGCACUCAAAAUCCAGUGUUUACAUAGGUAAUUUGGACGAGCGAGUGAGUGAGAGAGUUUUGUAUGAUAUUCUAAUUCAGGCGGGGAGGUUAGUAGACCUACACAUUCCUCGGGACAAGGAAACCGACAGACCUAAAGGUUAUGCUUUUGCAGAGUAUGAAUCUGAGGACAUUGCUGAGUAUGCUGUUAGGCUCUUCUCUGGUCUUGUGACUCUCUACAAUCGGACACUGAAGUUUGCGAUUUCUGGGCGAGACAAGCCUUCACUUAAUACUCCUUCAACGGUCACAUCCGCAUCUAGUUUUUCUCACAAACUGAGGUCUGCUCCAUCACCAAUUAACAAUUUGGAAAUCUCUCCGAAUUCCAUUGGUUUAUCAACACCCAGAAUUUCAGACUUUCCACUAAACUAUCCCCCAGUGCCCACUCCCCCUGGUGUAAAUAAACAAUCUAAUGGGUAUGGAUUACCUAACAAUGGCAACAAUUACGAAUAUAGUCGAAGAGUUAUUGGGGCAACUUUGGAUACCAUUAGUCGCUCUAGGUCACGCCGCCAUGAUAUGAGCAACCCAAUCUCCUAUCCCUCUUACUAGAAUUUAAUAUGAAGGUGAUUAGGUGUCAGACCUUUUCCAUGGCUAAUCUUUCUGGUAAAUUAGCAACUAAAGUGUAUUACUGGUGUGAGUAUUUAGUGGGUAGUGGAAGGUUCUCCAUUUGAGUAAGCUAGUUUGUAUUGCUAGUAUGUCCAUUCAUAGGUGUACCCAGGUAUGUAUAUUUGUUGUGCUUCCUGUGUUUAGAUUUGACUAGUUGUAGUUUUGCUCAUGUAGUUAAUGUAGUUUGAUUAAUUAACAGUAAGAUGCUUCUCUCAAGAGGCUGAACUUUGGAAUUCAAAGAAACAAGUUUAUCAUAUGAUUGUUUAUUUAUGUACUCCAUUUGGAAUCAUUA